AGGGGGGUGUCAACGGCGACAAGACACCAGAGCUGUCGGAAGGCACCUGUACGGGCAGAUAAGGAGACACAAAGAGAGGCUGCUACAUGCGGGCAGAGACCGCCCGGCUGGGGUGUUGUCGUCUGCGGACGCUCGAGGGGUCGCGGCACUAAGGCUGGCACGCUCGCUUAUGUCCAGACAGACCGCCGGUGUCCGAGGGAAAAGGGGGCUUGCCCGAAGAGCCAGCAUGGGAGGCCGCGGGCAGAGGUCGAUGCCCCUCGCCCAUUAGGAGCCGCCUGGCGAGGAGCGAGAGAGCCAGCGACAACGGUCACACAUCCAGCUGCAGUGGGUCCCUCCUCCGUGGGAAGUGCUGGCGGUAUCCCGCGGGGGGCUCCCCCUGGCCCUCGCCAUGCCGUCCAACGCCCGGGCCGGCAGUCUGAAGGACCCCGAGGUAGCCGAGCUUUUCUUCAAGGAUGACCCGGAGAAGCUGUUCGCCGACCUGCGGGAGAUCGGACACGGCAGCUUUGGCGCCGUCUACUUCGCCCGAGAUGUGCGCAAUAAUGAGGUCGUUGCCAUUAAGAAGAUGUCGUAUAGCGGCAAGCAGUCUAACGAGAAAUGGCAGGACAUCAUAAAAGAGGUGAAGUUUCUGCAGAAGCUGCGACACCCCAACACUAUCGAAUAUAAAGGAUGUUACCUACGGGAGCACACCGCCUGGCUGGUGAUGGAGUACUGCCUUGGAUCCGCUUCCGAUCUCCUGGAGGUGCACAAGAAACCCCUCCAGGAAGUGGAGAUUGCUGCUAUUACCCAUGGUGCACUCCAAGGCCUGGCCUACCUCCAUAACCACAACAUGAUACAUAGAGAUGUGAAGGCUGGAAACAUUCUCCUGACAGAGCCAGGCCUGGUAAAGCUCGGGGAUUUCGGCUCUGCUUCUAUAGUAGCUCCAGCCAAUUCCUUUGUGGGGACGCCAUACUGGAUGGCUCCUGAGGUGAUUCUGGCUAUGGACGAGGGGCAGUAUGAUGGAAAGGUGGAUGUCUGGUCUCUUGGGAUCACCAGCAUUGAGUUAGCGGAGAGAAAGCCCCCGCUCUUUAAUAUGAAUGCUAUGAGUGCCUUAUAUCACAUCGCUCAGAACGAGUCUCCCGUGCUGCAGUCCAAUCACUGGUCUGAAUAUUUCCGGAACUUUGUGGACUCGUGUCUUCAGAAGAUUCCCCAGGACAGGCCCAGCUCUGACAUGUUGCUGAAGCACCGCUUCCUGCAGAGGGAGAGGCCGCAGACCGUUAUCAUGGAGCUUAUCCAGCGCACUAAGGACGCGGUACGUGAGCUGGACAACCUGCAGUACCGGAAAAUGAAGAAAAUCCUCUUCCAGGACACACAGAAUGGACCGAACACAGAGACCACUGAGGAGGAGGAGGAGUCGGAGCAGUUCCUCCAUUGCACGGGCACCAUAACUAGCAUGGAGAGCAGCCAGUCCGUACCAAGCAUGUCCAUUAGCGCCAGCAGUCAGAGCAGCUCGGUGAACAGCCUGGCGGAUGCCUCUGACGACAGCGGAGAAAUGGCCAUGAUGCAGGAAGGAGACCACACAGUAACCUCCAACAGCUCUGUCAUCCACCGGCUGCCGGCUCACGACAACAUAUAUGAUGAUCCGUACCAGCCAGAGAUGGAGGCACAGCAGUCGAGUUCCGCGGCUCGGCGCAGGGCCUACUGCCGCAACAGGGACCACUUUGCCACUAUCCGCACCGCCUCCCUGGUGACUCGUCAGAUUCAGGAACAUGAGCAGGACUCGGCCUUACGAGAACAGAUGUCUGGGUACAAGCGCAUGAGGCGGCAGCACCAGAAGCAGUUGAUGGCGCUGGAGAACAAGCUCAAAGCCGAGCUGGAUGAACACCAACAGCGUCUGGACAAAGAGCUGGAGGCUCACCGGAGCAAUUUUUCUGCGGAGACCGAUAAGCUUGGCAAGAAACACCAGGCCAUAUUUGAGAAAGAGGGCAAGGCAGCUAUGACGGAGGAAAAAAAGUUUCAGCAGCACAUCCUGGGUCAGCAGAAGAAGGAGCUGACGAACCUGCUGGAGAGCCAGAAGAGGCAGUACAAGAUCCGCAAGGAGCAGCUCAAGGAGGAGUUGCAGGAGAACCAGAGCACGCCGAAGCGGGAGAAACAGGAGUGGCUACUCCGCCAGAAAGAGAGUAUGCAGCAUUACCAGGCAGAGGAGGAGGCUAACCUUCUGCGCAGACAGCGCCAGUACUUUGAGCUCCAGUGUCGGCAGUAUAAACGAAAAAUGCUGUUGGCAAGGCACAACCUGGACCAGGACCUUCUCCGAGAGGAUCUGAAUAAGAAGCAGACGCAACGAGACCUGGAGUGCGCCAUGUUACUGCGGCAGCACGAAUGCACCCAGGAGUUGGAGUUCCGUCACCUGCAGCUGCUGCAGCACACGCGCAGCGAACUGAUCCGCCUGCAGCACCAGACAGAGCUGGGCAACCAGCUGGAGUACAACAAGCGGCGGGAACAGGAGCUUCGCCAGAAACACGCCGCCGAAGUCCGACAGCAGCCCAAGAGCCUGAAAUCCAAGGAGCUGCAGAUCAAGCGACAAUUCCAGGACACCUGUAAGAUCCAGACCAGGCAAUACAAGGCUCUCCGCAACCACCUUCUGGAAACCACGCCCAAGAGUGAGCACAAGAGCAUCCUGAAGAGGCUGAAGGAUGAGCAGACCCGCAAGCUGGCGAUCCUGGCUGAGCAGUAUGACCACAGCAUCAAUGAAAUGCUCUCCACCCAGGCAUUGCGGCUGGACGAGACGCAGGAGGCGGAGUACCAGGAUCUGCGGAUUCAGCUUCAGAAAGAGCUGGAGCUUCUGAACGCCUACCAGAGCAAGAUCAAGAUUCACACGGAGGCCCAGCAUGAGCGGGAGAUCAAAGAACUGGAACAGCGGGUGUCUAUCCGGCGGGCCCUGCUAGAGCAGAGGAUAGAAGAGGAGAUGUUGUCCCUGCAGAGCGAGCGCUCCGAACGCAUCCGGAGCCUUCUGGAACGCCAAGCCCGGGAGAUUGAAGCGUUUGACUCUGAAAGCAUGCGGCUGGGGUUCAGCAACAUGGCGCUCACUGGCAUUCCCGCAGAGGCGUUCAACCAGGGCUACCCGGCCCCUCCUCCAGGCUGGCCCUCUCGUCCCGUGCCCCGCAGUGGCUCGCACUGGAGUCACGGUGUACAAAACACGGGGGCCCCCCAGCUCUGGCGCCAACCGACACUGCUCGCACCUCCGUCCUCCUCAUGGGGUCUGCACCCUUCGAUUUCCUCCUCUUCUGCCAUGCCUUCCUCCUCUUCCUCUUCUUCCUCCUCCGCCUCGCCGUCGUCCUCCAGCGGCCGGGCCGGCCUCCUGUUGCUCCGUAACAGCCCCCAGCCCCUGAGGAGAGGACCCACUGGUGGCCCAUCUGAGUCUGGAUUGAGCCGAAGCACCAGUGUCACUUCCCAGCUCUCUAAUGGCUCACACCUAUCCUAUUCCUGAGCCUUUCACCUAUUGCCCCUCCCUGCCCGCGCUAGGCUGAAGCCUCUGUUUCUUGACAUUAACUCGUGCUUCUGUCAAUAUGACUUUUUCCCUCUUCUACCUUUUAAACUUAUUACCCUCCUGCUCAGUUAUCUCUUUAUGUCCCUUCCACAUUUUCUUCACUAUCAAAUCUUUAUUUAAACUCCAUUUGUUACAAAACACCACUCCUCUUUACCCUGCUGGCGCCGGGCGAAGCCCCAUGUACAUAAAACUUUGACUCCACCUCUCCCCAAUUCAUAUUUUUUUUCCCCUCUUGGUUAAGACCCUUGAACUGCUCAAGUAUUUCACCCCAUCUGUGGUAGAAGAUCACAAAGCUUGUUUUUCUAGCACUUUAUCGGGUAAAAUGCGUACAGAUAUAUAUUUUUUUUUUUAGUCCCUUUUAUUAUAUGUUCAGUCGCUGUAUCAUUUUAAUGAUGUUGUCACUGGUUUUUUUUUGUUUUUGAGGGGCGGUUGUGAGUCUGUGUGUGCCGCAAGUGUGCGAGAGAUCGGGUGCGUGUUACAAUUCUCUUUUUUUUUUUUAAAUAGAUAAGAUUUAAAAAAAU